CCUAUCACCUUUUGCAGCACACGCGAUCCCAAAUUAAAGGGCCAUAUAUACCGACCCGAACGCCGAAGCAAUAUAAUUCGGUGGACCACCACUCAAAGGACGCGUACGUACGGGCCGGGAGCGAGCAUGAAUAAGAUCGCCUCCGCCGGAGCACUGCUGGCCGUGGUAGCGGUGGUUGCGGCGUUGGCCGCGACGACGGCGUCGGCGAAGGACUACACGGUGGGCGGGUCAGACAGGUGGGACACCUACGUCGACUACGGCAAGUGGACCGCCGGCAAGACGUUCAUGGUCGGCGACACCAUAACGUUCGAGUACAUGCCGUACCACAACGUGCUGGAGGUGACGGCGGCGGACUACGCCAGCUGCAACGCCGGCAGCCCCAUCUCCACCCACUCCGGCGGCAGCACCGCCUUCAAGCUCACCGCCACGGGCACCCGCUACUUCAUCUGCGGCAUCCCGCGCCACUGCCUCAACGGCACCAUGCACGUCACGAUCACCACCGUUCCCUACGAUUCCGCCACCGCCGCGGCAAGCGGCCCCGCGCAGGCUCCGCUCCAGUCAUCCUCAUCGCCUCCAGCAGCCGACGCCUACGCGCCCGGACCGGCGGCGGGACACAAGGUGGCCCUGGGCGCUGCAGGGAAGUCGCCGGCGGGCGCACCGAGCAGCGCGCCGCGGUAUCAGCAGCCCGCGGCCGCGGUGGCUGGGCUGGCGGUGGCCGCUCUGGUGGCCUUGGUCGCCUAAGCUAGCAACGUGCGUGUAAUUUGCACGCACGUUGCAGUUUUGACUUUUUGAGUUACUGCUUACUGCUGCUGUACUGUACCUGAAACAGGACUUCUGUUACUGCGAACGUACAAGCGGUAUAUUCAUUUGUGCUUCUUCUUUUUACUCUUGUCGUGUGUUUAUAUUCGGUACAUGGGUGUAAAUUGUGAUAUUUACUUCUUAUAAUUCCAUUUUAGCGGCAUUGGUCAAUGGUUAUGUCUUCA